GAGAAUGAGGCUAGUGUCUGUACUAGUUCGGAUUCGAGCCGACGAACAAAGCUAAUUUUGUUAUUGUCGGCAGGUCAAUAAUAGAUAAUAUGUUUUUGAUAAUACGUUCUACUUAAUUGUGUUUAAAUCCUGUUAAAAUAUUAAAUAUAUGUUAUUAGUUAUUGUAUAAAAUAAAAGGAUCAGUGGUAAUGACAUCUAGUAUUAAUCCUGAAGUUUAUAAAAAAUUAAAAAAUGCCAGGAAGGUAUUAACCAGAGAUGAUUCUCAAGUCGAGAUAGAAGUAAGGGAGGAUGAGGAGCAGGCUGUAAAACUUCAAGAAAUUAUCGAUAUACUAGUUGCAGCAGGUUAUUUUCGAGCUAGAAUAAAAGGUCUUUCCGCAUUUGAUAAAGUAGUAGGUGGUAUGGUAUGGUGUAUCGAAUCUUGUAAUGUCGAUUUAGAUGUUGAUUUAUUAUUUAGGGAAAACUUGAGUAUAGGAGAAAAAAUUUCUUUAACAGAAAAAAUAGUUGCAGUACUACCAAAAAUUAAGUGUCCUCUCACAGUAGAACCUCAUCAAAUUCAAGGUUUAGAUUUCAUCCAUAUUUUCCCUGUUAUUCAAUGGUUAGUAAAAAGGUCUUUAGAAUGUAGACAAGAUGUAGCCGCUUUUGUAAGAAAGUGCGCUAUAGAUCAGUUUGAUAAAAAAUUCGAUAUACAAGACGAAAUUAAACAAAAAAAACGGAAUUUAUUGAAUAAUAUUCGUUUAUUAGAGGAAGUAUAUCGACCACAUCGAUACUACAGAAAAAAGAAUGUAGGACCAAGCGAAACCGUAUCUCAAUUACAGAUAACUUUAUUAGAAUAUGGUCACAGCGAUGGUAAUUUGGAUGAUUAUUCAUUGUUUACCACCAAAGAAAAGGAAAACAUUGACGAACAAAAAAUUUCCGAUGUAGAUGAAGUUAGGUUGAAUAAGCAUUACAUUUCUCUACAAACCGAAUUAAAGGAUGUAGGGGUACAAUCAAGAGAUCGAUUACUAAUAACUUCGAUGGAGGAUAAAAAACAAAUAUUCAUGGAUAAAUACAGUGAACUUAUGAAAAAUCAAUCGUCUUUAGAUGGAGAUAUCGCAAGGACGAUGGAACAAUUGGAAGGAAUUAGGAAUAAAAUUCAGGAAGCAGCUGAAAAAUUACAGAAUUUGUCACCGGAGCACGUAGACACUUCCAAGGUAAAAGAAAUAGAAGAUCUGAUCAUUUUAAAUGAUGACUUAAAAUCGCAGGAAAGUCAAUUUAAGGAACAUUGCAAAAAGGAAUUGGCGAAUUUAAAUAAACUAAUACAGGAAGCUAAAAAUACAAAAAACAGUGAUUUGAUCGAAAAUACUGUAGAUUUAACAAAAGAUAUAGAUGAUGCUACAGAAAGAGUUCGUGUAUUGAGAAUAAAACUGGCCAAAGUGAACAGGGAGGUUGCUAUGUUACAGAGACAAAUUGAUGACGUUCCUAAAAGGGCCGAACUGGCUCAAUAUCAAAAAAGAUUCGUUGAACUAUAUAAUCAAGUGGCGGUGAAACAUAAGGAAACGAAACAGUACUACACACUCUACAACACUUUGGAAGAUACUAGAGUUUACAUGAAAAAAGAGCUUUCGUUACUAAAUUCGAUAUCGGAAAGUUAUCCUGAAGCCAUGAUGUCGGCGAAAGGAAAAGCCGAGUUUUUAGAUCAGUUUCAGAAUAUCGUUGAAAACGUACGUCAAACAAAGUUGAAAUCAGAACAGAAACUUAAUAGAGAAAAACAGACAAGAGAUCAGUUGAGUGCUAUGUUACAGGGUUUAGUCGAACUUCAAAGAAAAUACGUUACUGCCAUUAAACAGCUCGAUUUGGAAUGUAGAAAACAUGAAACGUUGAUCAAAACUCAAAGUUGAAUUGUGAUUUUAUCAUAAGUUUCCAUCGAAUGAAAAUUUGUUAAUAAAAAUUUUCUAAAACAAA